AGAGGAAAUCAUCCGAGGCCAAAUACACAAUACUGCUGGAAACUGAUGUGAACAAAUGAAGAUUCAGAGCUCAGAGGGGCAGAUAAUCCCACACCUUACAAGAGGGUCACAUGAGCUGAACCACUGUGAUUGAAAAUGCCGGUCAUCAAUAUAGAAGAUCUAACAGAAAAAGAUAAAUUAAAAAUGGAAGUCGAACAACUCAAGAAAGAAGUGAAACUGGAGAGACAACUGGUUUCCAAAAUGUGUGAAGAAAUCAAGACUUAUAUUGAAGGCAAUUCUGGAGAAGACCCCCUUGUAAAGGGAAUUCCAGAGGACAAAAACCCAUUCAAGGAGAAAGGUGGUUGUGUCAUUGCCUAAGUACCUUUAGGACUGUUUUCUUCAGUCAAGCAACGGUGUAGAUGUCUUUCUUGGCUCUCCUGGCACAUGUAUACAACCCAGUGCUACACUGUGUGGAAACUGGAUGAAGGACUUUAUUUAAUUUCCUACUGCACUCUGCGAGAACUAGCAUCAACCUUGGGCUUUCCGCUCACAAAGAAUGUCUUGAAAUAUACUGUAAAGUCUAACUUGACCCUGAGUAUAACAUGUUGCUAAUGGGUUGCACUAGGGUUGCACUGUUUUAAUAAAAGAUGUGUCUGUAAAGCUAAUUAUUUACUUUUAUUCUAGA